UCGACACGAAAAGGAUCCGAUUUCUACUACUACUGCACCACCGACCGCGCGAUCGUACGAUGGCCCAUUCCCUCCCGCUGCUUCCCCGACCGACUUCUCCUCCUUCGUCCCCCGCGACGCAGCGAGUCCCUCGGCGUCAGCAUCUCGCAGAACCACAAUGCGGCGACGGAGCCGUCCGCUUCCACCGCAGACGGCAGCUCAUCUACGGCCUGGUCGCCGUCGGAGUCGCUUAUUCGGUGGCCCCACAAGGCGCUCACGCGGUGAAGCGGCGUCCUUCUCCGCCGCCGCCGCCGGAGGAGAAGGCCGACCCCAACGUGAGCGGCGUGCUGGCUAAGGUGCUGGCGAGCAAGAAGCGGAAGGAGGCCAUGAAAGAAGCCGUCGCCAAGCUGAGGGAGCAAGGCAAGUCCAUCAACGAGCCAUCUCCAUGAAGUUCCUCAGCUCACCGACUCCAUUUUGCUGUCAUAUUUGUGCCUGAGAUCUCUGUCCGAAAUAUAAUUUACAUUCAUGUUUGCUACUUCUGCAAUAGACUUGCAAAUGUAUAGAUCGGAAGCUUCUGACUUGUGCAAAGAAAAGCAUUCUACAUUCGACAUCAAAUCUCAAUGGAAAUUAAAACCUAUUAUUCGGUAGUAA